UUUUUCCCGCGGACUCCGGCGUGGCUUAACAAACCCUGUCCCCUUUGUCCCACCAUUCCCACCAUUUUCACUCCUUCCUUUGAAACUCCAUUUUCAAAUUCCCCUAUUUCUCUCUGUUAUGUCCUCCGCCCAUCCCCCUUCCUCCUCCUCCACCACUGCCCCCACCGGCGUCGGCCUCGGCUACGGCAUUGCCAUCGCCGUCAGCAUCCUCGUCUUCAUCUCCACCGUCAUGCUCGUCUCCUACGCUUGCAUUCGCGUCAAAUCUGCCCGCCCUCGCCCUCGCCCUAGACCCUCCGCUUCUCUCCCUUCUCCCGCCGCUGACAAUGUGGUGGUUCUCAUGGUCGGAUUAGAUGGCUCCAUCAUCGAAUCGUACCCUAAGUUAGUCCUCGGAGAGAGUCGCCGUCUUCCCGCCCCUAAUCAUGGCCCUUGCUCCAUUUGUCUCUCUGAUUACAAGCCCUACGAUUCUCUCCGCUGCAUUCCCGAUUGUUGCCAUUGUUUUCACUCCGAUUGCGUCGAUGAAUGGCUUCGAAUGAACGCUACCUGUCCUUUAUGUCGAAAUUCCCCUGCUCCAACCCCUGUUGCUACUCCUCUCUCUGAGUUUGUGCCUCUGGCUUCCAGUGCCAGGUGAUCUUCUUCUUCCUCCUCUUCCUCUUCAUUACAUUAUAGGGUUAGUGUUUACGAUUUUUCUCCAUGAAUUUGUGUCUCUGGUUACUUUUGACUAGUAGUUUUUGAUAGAUAUGGAAACUUUCUGGAUUAUCUCUAGAUGUAAAGUUGGAAAAGUUUCUAAUAAAUCUCGAUUUAUACCUUUAA